UCCGCAGUAACGGAUUUUGAUUUCCACGGAACCCUUUUUACGCAAAAAAUAUCUUCUCUCUCUCUCUCUGGCCCCUGCAAACUGCGCGUUGUGAAACAUCUGUUACAUUACCUUCACGGCCCACCGUUCUGCGCCUACGGAAAUCUCAAUGGAUGCAAAUUCAUCUCUACCUGCAGAUUUGUCAAAUCACAAUAGUGAUGAAGAUGAUUCCAUUUUGAACCCAGAUGAAUUUGAGGUUUUAGAUAUUGAUGACAACCACCAAGAAUCCAUAGUUGAUCAAGAUGAUGACAAUGCAGAAGUUGGCAUGGAUGAUGAUGCAGAUGAAGAACCCGAUUUUUUGCCCAUUGCUGAAGAUGAUUGUGAAACUAUUGAGUCAUCACUAUUAUUUGAGAAGAAUGAGGAUAGUGUAUUGUGCUGCUGUGUCUCCCAGUGUGGCAGUCUUAUUGCAACAGGUGGCUUAGAUAACUCAGGCUAUGUCCUCAACUCCUACACGGGCAAUGUACUUUUCAAAUGCACAGGCCAUUCUGAAAGUGUUGAAUUUGCAUAUGUGAGCCAUGACAGCGAGCUGGUGGCUACUGGUGAUCUCGACGGUCUGGUGCAAGUGUGGAGAGUGAGGAAUGGAGAGUCAUGCUUCUCCUUUCACACCGGCAGUGAGAUGAGAUGGCUGGAGUGGCAUAAGAACAGCCAUAUUCUCUUUUGUGGCACCGAGAGUGGCGAAGUGUGGGUGUGGUUGGUGCCUAAAGGAAUAACAAAAACUCUCGCCAACCCUGGCACUUCUGUUGAGAGUGGCUCUUGUACGCCAGAUGGCAAGCGCGCCGUGGUGGGCUACAGCAAUGGCUCGGUGCGCGUGCUGGACAUAAAGAGCGAGGCUGCUGUGAAGCUAGACCCGCUGAGCAGUUUCAGUGACGCCGUUAUUGCGGUGGCCUGCCACCCUGACAACGUCAUUGCAAUCGCUGGUUCACAGGACGGUGACGUCAAGAUCUUCAACACAAACACCGGCAAGGCUAUCCAUAACCUCAGUGUGGAACAGUUCAACUCAGGCGAGAAGCAGAGUAUUGAAGCUGUUGGCUUCUGUUCGAGCGUUCCUCACCUGGCCAUGUUUGCUGAUGUUCGAGGCACCAUCGUUAUCUAUGAUACUAACAAUCAGGUUGCACGCCACGUUAUCCGAGUGCCUGCGGGAGUGACGCGUUUCUGUUUUCCGUCUUCAUCGUCUUCCGUGUUCGUUGGCUGCACCGACGGCGUCAUCCGUCAUUACGACGCACUCACGGGCAAACUUCUAGCUAAACUCGUGGGGCAUUCAUCGGAAGUUAUGAGCCUCAGUCUAGAUGGGAGCGGCAGUAUUUUGGCGAGCAGCUCGAAUGACAAAGUCGUCAGGAUAUAUAAUGUGAGCAGCUGCAGCAAGAGCUGACCGUCGCAAUAAACAAUAAUCAUG